AUGCAGCUGCCGCCUGAAACUAUGUGGAUGAACAUGGGAUACUGGGAGGACACCCAAAACUUUCCAGAGGCCUGUGAAGCUUUGCUUGACCAGGUUCUGAAGACUGGUCUCCUUACGGAGACGGCCAAAUCAGUGCGCGUUCUGGAUGUUGGAUGCGGAUGUGGUGACCAAUCAGUCCAUAUUACAAAACUCAGGAGAAACCCCCUUUCUUCUACUAUUACCGACACAUCUCAAUCCGGGCUUAGCUCCUCGGUCGGGGCCUCCGAUUCUAUCCUGCAACGGAAGAGCAGUGGGAGCGAGUCCUCCAACCCCCUUGUCGAUAAUUACGUAGGUAUAACUCUACUUCCUUCGCAGGCAGAGGUUGCCCAAAAGCGAAUGCGCUCGUAUAAAGAGCUUAACAACGAUGAAAUUAUUUGUCCCUCCGCGGAUGUUUUCUGCGCCGAUGGGGCCGACCCCUUGAGUUGGACUGGCGAAUUGAAGGAUUCCAUUUCCUACAUUGGUGAUACCUCGCUGAACCCGGAUACAUCUACAUGGUUGCUGGCUCUUGAUACGAUGUACCACUUUCAGCCCUCGCGACUCCCUAUCCUUCACUACGCACAAAAUACCCUCCAUGCAUCCUUUAUGGCCUUUGAUCUCCUCAUCGCGGAUAACACUUCCUGGUGGCAGCGUCUCAAAAUGCGCCUAGUGUGCUGGGUGACUGGGUCGCCUUUUACGAAUUUCCUGACUCGAGAGGAGUAUGUGCGUCUCCUGAUAGCCGCUGGCUAUGAUCCCUCUCGCAUUGAGAUCAAGGAUAUUUCUCGUCACGUUUUUCCUGGGAUUACGGACUUUUUGGGCAGGAGGAUACGAGAGGGACAGCCUUAUGGUAUCAAACUGGGAAAGUUUCGUGGGGCUAAAGCUGUGUUUGGCUGGUGGGCUCGAAGUGGAAUUGUAAGAGGCGUGGUCGUUAUUGCAAGGAGGUGA